AUGUUUUGGAUUAACAAUCACUUUUAAAGACAGUUGUAUAUAUUAUAUUACUAUAUUUAGUAUAUUAACUUCUUACAGUUUGGUUAAACCACUGAAGUACAAGUUGAGCUCGGUUGAGCGCUUCCUGUGGUUUAGUUUCCCACAGCCCGUGAAGGCAGCAUCAGGAGCUCAUCUGUUGGACAGGGAAACUAAUCAGGAGCGAAGUAAAGUCUAACACUGCUGCUAGCUACCAGGCUACCAGGCUGUCAGAGUCCAGACCACCAUGGAUUACAGUCUGUAAAUGUCCCAGGAUGUGUUUUCUGUCCAGUACUCAGUCCUGUGUGAGGUUUUAGGGACACAGUUUGGUUUCUGCGCGGAAAGUCGAGCCCGGACCGCCUCUGGACCAGCUGAAGCCUCGGCUAGCUUAUUAACAUUAGCAGGAGAAUAAGUCUAAGAAAAUGGAGCUGGACGAAGUAGUCCUGUAUCAGGACGAGUCCGGGAACUCCACCAUGAUGUCCGAGCGAGUCUCGGGUCUGGCCAGCUCCAUUUACCGGGAGUUUGAGCGGCUGAUCGAGAAGUACGACGAGGACGUGGUGAAGGAGCUGAUGCCGCUGGUCGUCGCCGUCCUGGAGAACCUGGACUCGGUGUUCGCUGUGAACCAGGAGCACGAAGUGGAGCUGGAGCUGCUGAAGGAGGACAACGAGCAGCUGGUCACCCAGUACGAGAGGGAGAAGGCGCUCAGGAAGCAUGCAGAGGAGAGGUACAUCGCCUUUGAAGACUCCCAGGACGGAGAGAAGAAGGACCUCCAGUGUCGACUGGUGACGUUGGAGUCACACACACUUAAGAUUGAGCUAAAAACAAAGAACUAUGCAGAUCAGAUCAGCAGACUGGAGGAGAGAGAGGCGGAGCUUAAGAAGGAGUAUAACACUCUCCAUCAGAGGCACACUGAGAUGAUCCACAGCUACAUGGAGCACCUGGAGCGGACGAAGCACCAGCAUGCCGUAUCCCAAGCAGAGCCCUCAGACGCAGGCAUGGCCACAAACACAUCAACCAGGACGAGGAAGGAGCGCCCCGUCUCCAUGGGUAUAUUCCAACUUCCUGGGACUGACGGUAUGACCCCUGACCUCCAGAGAGAACCUGUGGACACUUCCUCUGAACCAUGGAGGUUUAACAACCUCAGCCAUCCACGGUCAAACACCAGCCUCAAGGAUGAAAUGGCCGGAGCAAACCGAGGAGGCUCCAAGCCUGGCACACCAACCAACCAGGGAAGUGUCUCCAAAAGUGGAACUCCCGUGUCUUCAAAAGCUGGAGAAUCCAGAUCCAACAUGUCCUCUCAGGGUGGAAUGUCUAAAUCAAACACUCCAACAUCUGCACCCAGCGCUAACACUCAGUCAGCCACAGCGCUGUUUGCUAAUGAUGAAGGGUCGGCAGGAAUUAGGCCUGUGUCCAGUGCUGGAGGUGGGUCUGCGUCUGUGACCCCAUCUGAUGUGUCUGAUGUUGCCAUGGAGUCGGUAGACACGCCCCUGGACGGACUCGAUAUGAACCUGGAUGGAAGCCGGGGGAAACCAGAGAGCAGUAAGAACAUUUUGGCGGUGCAGGAGGGACAGAUGGAUGGAGCAGACGACUUGGAGAAGUCAGAGGUGCAGGCCAUCAUAGAGUCCACACCUGAGCUGGACAUGGACCUGGAGGGCUGCAGAGGAACAAGCACGCCGACUAAAGGUGGAAUAGAGAAUCUAGCGUUCGACCGAAACACUGACUCUCUGUUUGAGGAGCUGUCGUCGGCUGGAAACGACCUGAUCGGUGACGUGGAUGACGGAGCCGAUCUUCUGGGUAUGGGUCGGGAGGUGGAGCAUCUUAUCCAAGAGAACACCCAGCUACUAGAGACCAAAAAUGCUUUGAACGUGGUGAAGAACGACCUGAUAGCUCAGGUGGAUGAACUGUCCUGUGAGAAGGAGGUUUUGCGCGGAGAGCUGGAAGCGGUCACUCAGUCCAGAACCAAACUAGAGGAAAGGAACAAAGAGUUAGAGGAGGAACUCAAGAGGAUUCGAGUGCAGCUUGAAGAGACCAAACAUAAGGUCAAGAACGACAAUGAAGAUGAUAGUGAUGUGCCCACUGCUCAGAGGAAGCGCUUCACCAGGGUGGAGAUGGCCAGAGUGCUGAUGGAGAGGAACCAGUACAAGGAGAGGCUGAUGGAGCUGCAGGAGGCCGUCAGAUGGACGGAGAUGAUCAGGGCUUCAAAGGAGAACCCGGCUCUUCCCGAGAAGAAGAAAUCCAGCCUCUGGCAGUUUUUCAGCCGUUUGUUUAGCUCGUCGGGCGCCGCAGCCAAGAAGCCGGCGGUCGAGGCCCCGGUGAAUGUCAAGUACAACGCUCCCACCUCUCAGAUCCAGCCGUCCGUGAAGAAGAGGAGCACCACCCUGCAGCAGCUGCCCAGCGACAAGAGCAAGGCCUUCGAUUUCCUCAAUGAGGAAGUGGCAGCAGAUAACGUGGUGUCCAGGCGGGAACAGAAGAGGGCUCAGUACCAGCAGGUCAAAGCUCAUGUCCAGAAGGAGGACGGCAGAGUGCAGGCUUACGGCUGGAGUCUCCCUAAGAAGUACAAAGCUAAUGGUGGUAACGCAGAGAGCAAGAUGAAGAAUCUUCCUGUUCCUGUCUUCCUCAGACCGCUGGAUGAGAAAGAUGCUUCUAUGAAGCUGUGGUGUGCUGCUGGUGUAAACCUCUCUGGAGGGAAAACCAGAGAUGGAGGCUCCAUUGUGGGAGCCAGCGUGUUCUACAGUGAUGUUCCAGGACCAGAGAGCCCUAAGAGGAAAAUAGGGUCUCAGAGCAGCCUGGACAAACUGGAUCAGGAACUCAAGGAGCAGCAGAAUGAGCUGCGGCAGCAAGAAGAGAUGUCGUCACUUGUUUGGAUCUGCACCAGCACCCAGUCCACAACUAAAGCUGUCGUCAUCGAUGCAAACCAGCCUGGAAACAUCCUGGAGAGUUUCUUUGUCUGCAACUCUCACGUCCUCUGCAUCGCCAGUGUUCCAGGUGCAAGAGAGACGGACUACCCUGCCGGUGAGGAAAUAGCUCCAAACUCUGAUGCAGAACCAGUCGGAGAAGGCAGCUCACAACCGGCCAAUGACAGCGCAGCAGGAGGCGAGGACAUGCUGGGAGGUAUCACUGUCGUUGGCUGUGACGCUGAGGGAGCUUCAGCUGUUCCUCAGACAGCUGACAGUCCAGAAUCCAAAACAACAGAGGAAGCCACCGAGGCCACAGAGUCCAGCGCAGGGUCUGCAGACCAAAGAGAGAGCCUGAGGGGAGUCUACACAGAGCACGUCUUCACUGAUCCACUCGGAGCUCAGCAGACAGCAGAAGCUCCGGCCAACUACACUCAGAGGGAGAGUGACCUGCUGAAAGACGGAGUGAGCUCAAACCCCAGCGCGGAGGAGCAGGACCUGAUGAGAGAGGAGGCUCAGAAGAUGAGCAGUGUCCAGCCCACCAUGUGGCUGGGUGCUCAGAACGGAUGUGUGUACGUCCACUCGUCUGUGGCUCAGUGGAAGAGGUGCCUGCACUCCAUCAAGCUGAAGGACUCAGUGCUCGGUAUAGUACACGUGAAAGGUCGUGUGCUGGUCGGCCUCUCUGACGGCACUCUGGCGAUAUUCCACAGAGGAGAGGACGGACAGUGGGACCUGACCAAUUACCAUCUGUUAGACCUGGGCAGACCGCACCACUCCAUCCGCUGCAUGACCGUGGUGCACGACAAAGUGUGGUGUGGCUACAGGAACAAGAUCUAUGUGGUGCAGCCCAAAGCAAUGAAGAUAGAGAAAUCAUUCGACGCUCACCCUCGUAAGGAAAGUCAGGUCCGUCAGCUGGCCUGGGACGGCGAUGGUAUCUGGGUUUCCAUCAGGCUGGACUCCACUCUAAGGUUGUUCCAUGCUCACACCUUCCAGCACCUUCAGGACGUCGACAUCGAGCCCUACGUCAGCAAGAUGCUCGGCACGGGGAAACUGGGCUUCUCGUUUGUGAGGAUCACAGCCCUCAUGGUGUCUUGUAAUCGUCUGUGGAUUGGCACAGGGAACGGAGUCAUCAUCUCCAUCCCUCUGACUGAGACGGCCAACAAGGUGACCAAGGCCGCAGGAAACCAUCCAGGAAGUGUUGUCCGAAUCUACGGGGACGAGACGACCGACAAAGUGACCGCCGGCACGUUUGUCCCAUACUGCUCCAUGGCUCACGCUCAGCUCUGCUUCCAUGGUCACAGAGACGCUGUCAAGUUCUUCACCGCUGUCCCUGGUCACUCAGUUCCGGAGGGAGGAGAAGCAGCCGGUGACAAAGCAGCAGACGCCACAACCCAGGAAGGACAACAGUCUCUGUUGGUGAUGAGUGGAGGAGAAGGUUACAUUGACUUCAGGAUGGGUGACGAGGACGCCGAGGGAGAAGAUGGAGACAACCCCCAAAUGAAACUUCAGCCUUUCCUCGCUAAAGCCGAGCGCAGCCACCUCAUCGUUUGGCAGAUCAUGGCCAACGAGGACUGAACUCUGACCUCUGAGGCCUGACUUGCCUUUUUUUCUCUUGCCGAGGAGGAGGAGGAGGUGGAGGAGGAGGAGGAGGAGGAGGAGGAGGAGGAGGAGGAGGAGGAGUUCAGGGGGACGACUCCGCUCUGCAGGCACAAGAUUAAUCAGCACUUUCUUUCUUCCUCAAACCUGAACAAGCAAAAACUGCUCUGAGAGCUGGCUCAGUAAUAAACUGCACUGGAGCAGUGUGAACAGACGAACAGCUGCAUGAUAUUAUUUUAUUUUGAGUUGUUUUCUCCGUUUUUUAAUUGAUGAAUCUUGUUAUAAAGCCUCACGCUCUCUUUUAAUCGUGUUGGAGGUAACACUGUAUUCAGUUUCUCUCUCCCUGAGGUCUCAAAGUUCCUCCGCUGAGCUCAGUUCUUGUGCGCUCACGCUGGACUUGAUGUUAUAUCAUCAUAAUCAUCUGCGAGCUCCCCGUUCCCUUGAGAUAAGUCGUGUCUUUGAGUCCGUCAGGUUCGUCUCGUGGUGUUUUUGUUUCCGUCUUUUCAGAACUCGGCUUUUGAUUGUAUCCCGUCGUCUCCGUGUUUGUUGAAGUCGAAUGCAGUUCAUCAGAUUCAGGUUCAGCAUCUGAAGGUGCAGAGGACGGCCCAAAGCUGAUACAACUAUAAGACAUGAGAGAACAGUAGCCCCAGUUUAUGCCUCUCAUGUGUUUGGAAUCAUUUCAUUCCAGGAACAAAGCUGAGCAGCCUCCUCUUCUGAAGCUUGAAAACCUGAGGAUCGAAACAUUCUGUCUGAUGCUGGAUGAAAAAGAGUCCCCGUAUCAGACGCUCAACAGUCCGUUACAUGAAGGUCCAAUCUCAAUGUCCAAAUUCAAACACAGACUUUGAGGCGCGUUCCUGCUAAGUCUGUGUGAGCUUAGGUCUGUCCCACUGUCAAAUCAUCAAGUGUGUGAGGGAUCUCUCUCAGACCUUUUGAGCCCUUUACGCCCCCUUUUUGUAAGUGGGCAUUUCUGCAGACUUAUCGUGAGGGAAUUACCCAGAGUUCAUAGCAUUGUGACGUGGAACACGGGAUUCCCAGGGGAAGAGUUAAUGAACGCCGUAACAUGAAAUUAAAAAAGACAGACAUAAACAAGAAGCAGGAAGGUACAACUAAUGUUGGCAUUACAAAAAAAGUUUGCAGCCUUAAUCAGCCUAAAUCUAUUUCUCUUCACACAAUGUGUAUAAACAGUAUAAUUUAUGUAUUUAUAUUUAUAUAUUUACAUAUUCUACGUUUUGUGGUUCAGCAGCCUGUACAGUAAGAGUCUGGAUCACACGGCAGUCAGUCCGCCCCUUAAGCGCCUUGAAUUUGACCCUCAAAGACCUAGACAGCCAGCGGCGGCUACUUGUUCUUAAAUGUUUGAUCACUUUUGAACCGCUAAUCCUAUCAACAAGCUUUAAAAACUCAGUUACAGCAGACAUUCUCAGCUUUCCAUUGAUAUCACACGUGUCUCAUUCAGCAUAUUCAAAAUAAAUUCAGGAGAAUCUGGCGCCCCCAAAGAUGACCUAGGAAAGAAAAGAUUGUGAAUUAAAACUUCCUAAUAUCGCUAAGGUGAGCUACAUGAAAUCAUGCAGGCUACAUGAGAAGUCCCAAAGUGUUGUCCCAUUCCUAGGUCUACAGUUUGAGCCCUUACAGCCUCCUCCCCUCAAUCACUUUACAGGUGACGUCAAUGAAGUCAAGAAAGGCUCAGGGUUCAGGGAGGACAUUGAGAUUGGGCCCUAUGGUGAAGUAAUGCGAAAAUGCAAGGUGAAUCCUGUAACUUCCUGUAACUACAGAGUCGAUAAACAUCUCACAGGUAACCGUUCAUGUCCGUGAGAAUUAUUAAAUUCCAUAUAAACCACUUCUUAACUUUUUAAAUCAUCAGUGAUGUUAAAGAAUCAGUUUAUCUAUCAGCUUGGUCGUUUACUUCCGCUUUCUGAAACCGAAAAUCCAGCAACGCCUGACCCAGCAUCCUGCAGACCAGAUCCAACAGAACAGUCAGACUACAGACUAAAUUCAAACGCAGUAGGCAGGAAGUACGUACUGCAUACUACAGUCGUAAGUAGUGUAUAGCAGGUGGUUUGGAAAACAGCCAUUGUUUGUUGCUCGGUCCAGACUGAGGACAUGAAAUCCCACAAGGUCACAUUCUCACCGUCAGACCGUUUUUGACCUGCUGCGCUAACAUUUCAUCAGCUUCAUCAGAGUUCAGAGCUCAUUGUGAAAGGUUUGCACCCUCACAGUGAGAUGGAGAACAUGGUUGAACCACAGACUGUAUAUAUAAUGGACAGCAUGGCUCCGGCUUUUCCCAUUGUACGGUUUUGAAGCCAAAAUAUCCCGUUCCAGAACGCUGUCAUCUUUUACAUUUUCUGCAGCCAGAAUCUGCGCAGUGGGGAAUUUGUGUGUUUCCACGGUAACAAGCUCCCAAGGUCCUAUGGGGUUUCUCUCUACGGCAGCUGUCAAUCAAAGUAAAACCUGAUGUAAAAUCCUGUUUUUUAACCUCUAAUAACAAAAAAGAAACUUCUCAGAAAAAAGAGGACUUCAGCAUGUAACAGUCAAAUAAUAACUACAUAUCACCACAGCAUACGGAUGGGAGAAACAUUCGUACCAUGUGUAUUUAUUUUUUAAAGUUUGACCACAGCCCCAUUCAAAUGAAUGGGGGAGACCGUUUUUUACCUAUACUGCAGCCAGCCACUAGGGGGAGUAGGUUUUGUGGCAGCCUCACUUCGAGCCUAGCGAGAUGAAGUCCAUUUUAUAUACAGUCUAUGGGUUGAACAUGUUACUGUUGUGUUUGUGAGCUCACAUGAGCUCUAGCAUGUCUGCAGAUAUCAGAGAUCAGCAGGUAUGUAAUGAAUGAUUCGGAUGCUUGGCUCUGUGACGUGAAGGAAAUGAUUGAGGCACAAAUAACUGAGUGACAUCCACAAAAAAACUUUAUCAUGAAAUCAGAAGCAGAUUAAAUUUAAGAACUGAGUCACUCACAGAUCAGAUGUCACAUGAGGACUUGGUCCGUCCUCUACACUCAGUCCGCCGCCCCGCUCCAGCUUGUAGACACUUUAAAAACCUGCCUUACGUAUCAGGGUUUGAGAGGACUCUCUCGAGGUUCUUUCAAGUGUGACAAAGUAUUUAUUUUUCUCUGACGAAUGUGUUUGCUACCAAAGGAUAAGGAGUUAAAGAUCGAUAGUCUGCUACGACCCCAGUGUCUCAUCUAACUUUAAACUUUAGAGCAGCAUGUUUGAGUCUGCCUCCGUGUAGAAAGCAUGCAAGCUUUUGUAAAGAGAAGUUCUCGCGUUAAAGAUGAGAUAUAUUUUUAAACUUUCAUACUGAGGAGAGGACGAGCUCAGAGGAGAGAGGAUCAAACAAACCCUCGUCUUGACAUGUGGAGGUCAGAGUUGUGACUGUUUCUGCAGCCUGCUCCCUUUUUGUACAGAAUAAUGAUGUGUAUCUGAAGCACUCGAUGAUAUCCCCUCCUGAUUUGCAAUCUGAAAUGUUUUAAGUCUAUUUUUAUGAACUUUUUACUCUGACUUCAGACUGCACUCUGAGUCGACAAAUGUUCAGCUGUGUGUGUGUGAGUGAGUGUGUGUGUCCUCUCUCGUUGGGGAGGGGAAUGUUAUUGCAGUGUAGCCAUUUCAGUAUUUAUUUACAAUGAUUGAGCCUUUGCAAUUCAGAAUGUAACUUUGUACAUUGAAUACGAAUUAUAUAUAUGAUUAUAUACAUAUACACUACCAGUCAGCAGUUUGGAAGUAUUGUAAUUAUUGUAAACACUGUAGAUUAUUCCUGAAGACAUCAAAACUAUGAAAGAACAUAUAUAGAAUUAUUGAAUGAACAACAAAGUGUUAAACAAAGCAGAAUCUGUUUUAUAUUUUAGAUUCUGUAAAGUAGCCCCCUUUUUCCUUCAUGACAGCUUUGCACACUCUUGGUAUUCUCUCAGUCUGCUUCAUGAAGUGGUCUCCUGGAAUGGUUUCUAAUUAACAUGAGCCUUGUCAAGAGUUCAUUUGUAGAAUGACUUGCCUUCUUAAUGUGUUUGAGACCAUCAGUUGUGUUGUUCAGAGGUAGGGUUAGUACACAAUGGAUAGCUCUAUUUGACUACUGUUGUAAUCCAGAUUAUGGUAAAACCAGAUUAUUUCAUAGUUUUGAUGUCUUCAGUAUUAAUCUACAAUGUUGAAAAUAAUUACAAUAAAUAAAAACCAUUGAAUGAGAAGGUGUGUCCAAACUUUUGAUUGGUAGUGUAUAUAAGUGAAGAUGAAAUCCGGUUUGGGUUCAUGUUUUUGCAGCAGUUGUUGCUGUUGGAUGAAUCCGUUUGUAAAGAUCUUCAGCUAUGCACCGUGUCUGUGAGAGGAGGGGGCUUCAGACCUUUUCUGUCCACACAACCUGUUUUUAACUCUUAACUUCAUCCCACCACAGCACGAAGGAGUCUCAUCCUCCUCCGCAGGUCUGUGUUAGCCCGUCUCAUCAUCUGCAUAGAUAUCAUGGACUUGGUGAAGAAUUCCUGUCCUCCAGGUUUGAAGAACAGAAACCUGAUACUGUACUUCUUCUGCAUCUCUAGCCUUACUUAUUUUUAACCAUAAAUUAAAGCAUUUUUUGUGGGACA